AUGGCACCAGCUGGCAUGUCAGAAUGGAUGCCGUUGUUACAUAAUUUGAGGAGGCUAGCUCUUGAAACCAAUUUCUUUUGUGAGUUUUUGCCUUCUUUGUGGAAUUUGCCGUCCCUUGAGAUUUUAGAAAUAAGUCGGAUGCUUGGUGUGAAAAAGGUGGGAGUUGAGCUUUUAGAUGUGCAGGAGCAAACAUCAUCAUUCAUUCCCGAAAUUGAAACAACUUUUUUUAAAGAUGUCCAGUGUGAAGAAUGGGAAGGAGGAGCAGAGCAUUCUGAAAUUACAAUAAUGCCAUCUCUUUCCUCCUUAACAUUGUGGAACAACCUUAAGCUGAAAACACUGCCGGACUUACUGUGGAAGACACCACUCAAGUUUCUGGAAAUCAGUGAUUGGCCGAUUCUCAAACAAGAUUUUGAGGAAGAGGCAAGCUGUGGGACAAGACGUCUCACAUCCCAAACAUUAAAAUUAACCAUCAGUUUGUACGACAAGACGGAGUUUUGA